GCGGGGCGCUUUGCGGGCGAAGCGAGCGGCGCCCGUGGGCCGGCGCGGGGAUGUGGCCUCUGCCGCGUGGGGGCUACCUGCGCGCGCUGCUGGCCGGGGCCCGAGGCGCCGAGCUCUCGGCUGCGCCCCGCAGGGCCUCGGGCGGCUUAAGUGGUGCGCGGGACUCCCCCGCCGAAGCCGGCUGGCUGCGGGGCGAAGUGGACCGAUUCGGGGGCGUCUCGGUGCGGCUGGGCGUCCUGGAUCGCCUGGACGCCGCCGCCUUCCAGAGGGGCCUCCAUGCUGCCAUACAGCAGUGGCGAUCGGAAGGCAGAGCGGCGGUCUGGCUGCACGUGCCCAUCCUGCAGAGCCGCUUCAUUGCCCCGGCCGCCGCCCUGGGCUUCUGCUUUCACCACGCGGAAGCGGACUCAUCCACGCUGACCCUGUGGCUGGGACAAGGGCCCAGCAGACUCCCAGGAUAUGCGACACAUCAAGUGGGAGUUGCGGGAGCUGUAUUUGAUGAAAGUACUAGAAAAAUAUUGGUUGUCCAAGAUCGAAAUAAAUUGAAAAACAUGUGGAAGUUCCCAGGAGGCCUUUCGGAGCCUGGAGAAGAUAUCGGAGACACAGCAGUUCGAGAAGUUUUUGAAGAAACUGGUAUACGAUCAGAAUUCAGGUCCCUCCUGAGCAUUCGGCAGCAGCACAGCCACCCCGGGGCUUUCGGGAAGUCGGACAUGUACAUCAUCUGCCGCCUGAAGCCGCGCUCCUUCACCAUCGAGCUGUGCCCGCACGAGUGCCUGCGGUGCGAGUGGAUGGACCUCACCGAGCUGGCCAAGGCCGCCAACGCCACGCCCGUCACCAGCAGGGCCGCGCGGCUGCUGCUGUACGGGCACAGGGAAGGCUUCGAGAAGAUUGACCUGACCAUGGACCAGCUCCCAGCUGUUUACACCGGCUUGUUCUACAAACUCUAUCACAGGGAACUGCCAGACAGUUACAAAAUGAUGACGGGAGUGGACUAAAUCAUAUUUACCUGUGUAAAAAUUUUUAGUAAAUUGUACAUGUAGAUUAAUGUGUGCCAUAUUCUAAGAAUGGUGCACAUUUUGGGUUAACUAAAUCUCUGACUUUAAUUUUCUAAUGUGUAUGAUUUCCAUGAAGAAAAUUUGCAAGUGCACACAUUUUUAAAGCCUCUUUUCGAAUGGAGUGAAUGUAUGGAAAGAUUGUAGCUCUAAGUAAGCGUCACUGGAUAAAGGCAAAUGCUAUAUAAAAGGUGGAAAUUUA